AUGGAAGAAGCUUUAUGGGAAUAUAGGACAACAUACCGCACACCAACUCUAGCAACACCAUAUUCACUUGCUUUUGGAGUUGAAGCAAUUCUACAACCUAUGCGUCAAAUACCUUCCUUAAGACUUGCUAUUCAAGAAGCACUCACUGAAGAAAAAAAUGCUCGACUACCUCUUGUUGAGUUAGAAGCACUUGAUGAAAAGAGGCUAGAAGCUCAACAAAAUUUUGAAUGUUAUCAAGCUCGUUUAUCUCAAGCUUUCAAUAAGAAGGAUCGCUUGAGGUUCUUCCAAGUUGGAGAUCAAGUCCUCGAAAUAAGAAGACUCGUCAUUACUCGCAUAAGUUUGCGGACAAAUUUACCUCAAAGUGGGCCGAACCAUAUGUUGUACAAGAUGCAUAUUCAUAUGGUUCUUACAAGCUUGUUGAUGCAAAUGACGUAA